AUGGCGGCCGACCUGCUUCGAUGGGAAACCCAAGAACUCAAGCGACCCAAGCACACAAUCAACGAUCUCAAAGCGAAAGCCAGGAAGGACGUCGAGGACAUGCAGGUCAAACGGGCACACCAGACCCAAGAACGUGUGUUAUUGCUUGGAAAUAUCGUCAAAAGCGGGGUCAUCAAGCAACGCACGAUGCGCGUGUUGUGGAGAUAG